GGUGCCCGGACCACACUCGCUUCCUACGCCUAUAAAAGUGGAGUGGCCGGGGAGGGCCGGCGCGGCCCUGGCGGCGGCCGCCUCUUUUCGCCCAAGGAGUUGACAUUUUGCAGGACUCGAGCGACGUCCCGUCGCCUGCGCUCCCUGGGACCCCGCCGCCGGGAGGAGGGGGCGGAGGAGGGUGGAGACUGCGGGGCUUGGCCAAGGAAGGCGCACAUCCUCGGGCGGGCGGCCGUGACGCGGCGGGGAUUAACUUUGCAUGAAUAAUGUGAGUGCGCUUGGAAAGGAGACCUUCGGUUCCCCGGGCUCGGGGCAAGCGCCUGCAGGCUGCCUUCCCCGGGCAGGGGCGCUCAACCCAACCGUCUCGAGGGCACUGGACGUGGAAGAGUUGACUCAGAAAAGGAAUUUGAAACGGAUUUUUAGAGCGCAUUUUAUUAUUUGCACAGAAGAGUUGAAAAGGAAGUUCUGAUGAGAUCUGCGGUUUCCCUCCCAUCGGCUGGCCUGCGUGGGUGCCAACUUCCGCGCGGGAUUUAAUGGAUCAGAAGUAUACUGUGCUGCUGCUUCUUCAUACUUGUGAAACAUCCCGGAGAAACUCCGAGAAACAGAGUUCAUUCAGCAAACAUUUAUUGAGCAACUGCCUGGUGGGAGGUGUCAGUGAAAAAAAAGGUCCAGAAUGAUUACUAACCUAUGACUCCCAACAGUAUGACAGAAAAUGGCCUUCCAGCCUGGGACAAACCAAAGCACUGUCCAGACCGAGAACACGACUGGAAGCUAGUAGGAAUGUCUGAAGCCUGCCUCCAUAGGAAAAGCCAUGCGGAGAGGCGCAGUGCAUUGAAAAAUGAACAGUCGUCGCCACAUCUCAUCCAGGCCACUUGGACUAGCUCGAUAUUCCAUCUGGACCAUGACGAUGUGAACGAUCAGAGUGUCCCAAGUGCCCAGACCUUCCAAACAGAAGAGAAGAAAUGUAAAGGGUACAUCCCCAGUUAUUUAGACAAGGACGAGCUAUGUGUAGUGUGUGGUGACAAAGCCACCGGGUAUCACUACCGCUGCAUCACGUGUGAAGGCUGCAAGGGUUUCUUUAGAAGAACCAUUCAGAAAAAUCUCCAUCCAUCCUAUUCCUGUAAAUAUGAAGGAAAAUGUGUCAUAGACAAAGUUACAAGAAAUCAGUGCCAGGAAUGUCGCUUUAAAAAAUGCAUCUAUGUUGGCAUGGCAACAGAUUUGGUACUGGAUGACAGCAAGAGGCUGGCGAAGAGGAAGCUGAUUGAGGAGAAUCGGGAGAAGAGACGGCGGGAAGAGCUGCAGAAAUCCAUCGGGCACAAGCCAGAGCCCACAGACGAGGAGUGGGAGCUCAUCAAAACUGUCACUGAAGCCCACGUGGCCACCAAUGCCCAAGGCAGCCACUGGAAGCAGAAACGGAAAUUCCUGCCGGAAGAUAUUGGACAAGCACCCAUAGUAAAUGCCCCCGAAGGUGGAAAGGUUGACUUGGAAGCCUUCAGCCAUUUUACAAAAAUCAUCACACCAGCAAUUACCAGAGUGGUGGAUUUUGCCAAAAAGUUGCCUAUGUUUUGUGAGCUGCCAUGUGAAGACCAGAUAAUCCUCCUCAAAGGCUGCUGCAUGGAAAUCAUGUCCCUUCGCGCUGCUGUGCGCUAUGACCCAGAAAGUGAGACUUUAACCUUGAAUGGGGAAAUGGCAGUGACGCGGGGCCAGCUGAAGAACGGGGGUCUUGGGGUGGUGUCAGAUGCCAUCUUUGACCUGGGCAUGUCACUGUCUUCUUUCAACCUGGAUGACACUGAAGUAGCUCUCCUUCAGGCCGUCCUGCUAAUGUCUUCAGACCGCCCAGGGCUUGCCUGUGUUGAAAGAAUAGAAAAAUACCAGGAUAGUUUCCUGCUGGCCUUUGAACACUAUAUCAAUUACCGAAAACAUCAUGUGACACACUUUUGGCCAAAACUCCUGAUGAAGGUGACAGACCUGCGGAUGAUUGGAGCCUGCCAUGCCAGCCGCUUCCUGCACAUGAAGGUGGAAUGCCCCACGGAACUCUUUCCCCCAUUGUUCUUGGAAGUGUUUGAGGAUUAGACUGACUUCAUUCUCAUAAUUCCUACAGCACUACUGGGUGUCAUUUCAUUCCAUUGCCUAGAUCUUUUUUGUUUGUUCCUUUGUUUCUUUGUGUUGGGAGGGACUGUUUGGGGCUAAAGGGAGGUAGUCCUUAGCAUAGACAUGGAUGAAAUUGCCCCUUGAAUGCGGGUACUUGUAACUAUUGCAUUUUGUUCUCCAGUCCUUUGAUGUGAAUGCUUUGAAGGUUUUACAGUUGUGGAGGUGGGGUGGGGACAAUCAUUAAUUCACCAGCACCAAGCCAUCACCAGCUCUCAUCUGUCCCUGGUCAGAGACUCAAGCAAGCAAAAUGGCGUGGCAGAAGACUAACGAAGCCUUAAAACCAAGAUAAUAUGGUCAUCUUGAUCCAGUCCUGAUUUUUGCAGGGCUCAAACUAGCAUGGUGCAGACCACCUUUAGUUAGAUGUGGCUUUCAGCUUUCUAGGGAAAGGUCUGAACUGAUUUUUAUGUAUUCAAGAGCAUGCUGUUUUCAGCACUCUUCAUUCUCUCCUGGCAGCAUAACUUGGAAUGUACAGGAAUAUUUGUUCCCGAAAAAUCAGCUGUCCUUUCACUCUAAUUUUUAUAAUCCUAUGAUUUCAUUCAAGUUAUACAAGGGUGUGACUCAAAGAUGUGCAGGUAUCUGACUGACUGAGGCCAACGAGGGAAACAAUUUUCCUCAACAAGCUCAAAGAAAUUAGAAAGCUUCGCUAAUGUCAGUGACUCAACAGUUUCCAAAAAUCCACAUGGUGUUACCUCAGAGUAGGAAGGCUUCUUUGCAGUUUAGGCUCAGAGAAAAUUUCCACCAAAAUCAAACCUAUUUACAUAGUGUUGCCACUUUUCAAUGACAUCUGAUCUGUCAUCUCCCAAACUCCUGAAGUUAUUUAAUCCUGAUUGCAUCUUUACUGAGCUGACAACAGAUUUCCCUUUGGAUUAAAUCUUCUAAUCAAGGAGAGAUAACAAGCUGAAGUUUGAGUCUUGUUCUGGAGGAUUUCUAAGCAGAAAUAAGUGUGGUGCAUUCUGAGUUGAAAGAAGUGCAGUGUUCUGAGAGUCUCUUCAUGUGCUGAGGGUUCCCUUUGGUCUUAGAUCCUCAAGCUCUUUGCUCUACAAACAUUCCCUAGUUCCCUUUUCCCUCUGAUGCUCAGGUUUGACUAUCACUGAACAAAGCCUGAUCUGGCCACUGACCCUCCCUAUGUCUCCUAGAGCAUUGCCCUGACAGAUAUUUCACAGAAGAUACCUGCAGACCAUGUACAUAGAACACUCACCUUCCCUGCCUAACCCUCCUCCUUGAUGACAAACACUGCAGUAGGUUGUGCCCAGAAAACCCAUGGUGACCCCUGAUCAUUUCAACUUCAGAAAAUGGGCAAAGAAUGUACCCAUGCAAUUGAAUGUAUCUUGUUCUUCACUGGCAUAGUAAACAUGAACUAUUCCUUUACCUGCCUUGAACUGCCUUAUCCUGGAAAUAUUGGGGAAAAUAAGCCAUACCGGUGAGAUUUAACUAAAAACAAAGGAAUGCAAGUCACUGUGAAAACCAAGCGGACUAAUUCUUUUUUUAACUUGCCCAGAAGUCAGGGUCCCUGAGUUCUAGUUUGUGCUCUAUCAACUGGUGGAUUUGUGACCUUGGGUCUUGGUUUUCUCACCUGGGAGAAAGUCAUGAACUAAAAUCCUUCCCAUCCUUAAUAUUGUACUAGUUUCAGGGAGGAAAAUCUGUCCCUUUUUGAUGGUUUCUUUCAUAUUCAAAUUUCUAACUUUAUUAAACAGAAAUUAUGGCCCUCAACAGUUAGGGAAAGCAUAUUUGGUAUUGAGUCAAAACAAGAAUUUGACAUACUACUCAUAAACUAUGUAGAGAAAGGCAGGAUGGCCUUGGAAAAAGGAGAGGAACAGCACUGAAAAGCUUAAGUGUGACUGGGAAUAAUCUGGAAGGAAAAAGAUAUGUUUAAUUCACGAAAGCGAUUAUACUGGCUUCUGAGGAAGAGGAAACAAGAAAAUCGCUAUGGAACUAGCUAAACAAAGAAAGGAAGUAGGGAAAGGGAUUAAAAUUAUAAACGUGAAGUUCACAGGCAGAUUACCUGCUUUGACUUUAUCUACAGACCGUUUGUUUUGUUUUGUUUUAAGGCAGCCUCUUAGCCAGUCUCCCGAAGUUCUUGCUUUGUUAGCCACUCAGCUCUCUCUGUUGACUCUCUUUGGAGAAGAACUCUUUGAAACAUAAUGCUGAAUUACAUUCUACAGUCAGGGGUAACUCUGAGAAGCUCUGCGGUGAGGGGCAAGUUUUCUCUCAGAAGGGUAUGAGAAGAAGGCAAGCAGGAGGGGUACUGGAGGGUUCACAGACCCUCUGGGCAAGCCUUCCCUGGGAAAGUUUCCUCAAUUUGUUUGACAGAGAUUCAGUAACACAUGAGACACACCCUUCAAAUAUAAGUACAGAGUCUGAUCUAAGGCUAAAUCUGAAUGCUUUGGGGAUUAACCAUGACUGGGCAUUGGCCAAACGCUACAGUAUAUCUACAGUAAUCCAGCCAUCCCCAAGUAAAUUUAUGUUUGAUCCUCAGUUCCUUAAAUGAUUGACUUAAACAGGCAAAUUGCUGAUCUAAAACUCAUGUUGUAGGCUGAAUACUUUAUGCUGAGCAGGACACUCCUUAAAGUACUUCAGUUUGAAAGGAAAAGCUGUAAAGACUCAAAAGGAUCGUGACCCCGGGGUGGAAAUGAUUCAUUUCUUCUGUAACCAGUUGAGGUACUUAGUGCAUCUCAAGACUCCAUCUCAUAAAACUCAAUCAGUAGGGAUAUACCCUGGAUUUUUUUUUUUUUACAUUUUUUCUUCUGUUGUCCAGGCUUUCAAAUCAAGUGUGGACCUGACUGAAACCCCUCACAGAGGGGAGACAUCCCAGUAAAGGAGAACACACCUGUACAACUGGGAUUCUUAUUUAUAAAUCACUUCACUUUGGGGGAUGAGUGGUGUGGGGGGGGUGUAUGCGUGCGUGUGUGAGUGUGUGUGUGUUUGUAAUCCUCAAGUGUACUUUGUUCUUCAAUUUAGAUGUGCAGUAUUUCCAGAAAUAGUGAAAAAAGUAAGAUCUUUUCUUCUUUAUGAUUCUGCUCAAAACACCACGUGCUGCCUCAGAGCUUUUUCUAGUCAAAUGAGCCUCGGUCCUCAAUGACGUGCUUGCCGUGUUAAUGCCUCAGCCCAGUGAUACCCCCUCACCUGUGCCCCAAGUGACACUUCUUCCAUCUGCAGCGCGGUCAUCAGUCACCGGGGUGGACCGCCAGGCUCGGCUCUGCUCCAGCAACGCCAUUCUCAUUGCUCUUCUGUGGACAGGUGCCCAAGUCUUGGCACCUCCACAACACUAAGCCCCCGACAGACUCAGCCUCCAUGGAACUGCUGAGAACCCUCAAAGCAUGUCAUUGUCAGUGAUCCAUUUUUAUUCUAUGGAACUCUAACCUAUUUGUGUCAUAUUGACCUUUUGAUGCAUGAGUCAUAAAUUAUGAAAUCGGUCUUAUGGUUUUUGAAAUGUAGCCAGCAUUUGUAAGGCUAAACCUUUUUCACAAACUGAAUUUAAGUGAAUAACCAAGCCGCAGUCUUCUCCCAAAGGAGAGUGCUUACAGACAUUUGAAUCUCUUUGCCCUUUCCAAAAGCUAUGGCAUCAGGUUCUAAAAUAAGCUUGUAAUUUUUCCUGUUAUUUUAAUAAUAUGGAAAUAUUAGCAUAGUGUUUCUUUUGAUAGUGAUAGACUAUAAUCCAUAUUUAAAUUUUAUAGAGAAGAAAUUUUAUUGUACUGUGAUGUAGAUAUUUAUUAUCCAGGUAAGGAUUUGCCCGGUGUGUAUUUUUUACAAUUGAAACAUUUUACUUUAAUCUUUAAAAAAAAUUCAUUAAAAACACACACAAAAAAAAACAAACUAGGGGGAAAAAAAGGUUUGGCCUUAUCACAGAAUUUUUACUGUGCUGUAUAAAUGUUUGCAAAUGCAAAAAGUGUGCAUUUCUAGUGUGUUUCCACAUUAAUUAAUGCCGCCUUCAAAAGCAAUAUCGUGCAGGUAAAACGCUGUUUGUGGCUUUCUGUUGCACAGUUAAAGCUGACCCACCUUAUGCACAAGACAAUCAAAUAUAAUCUGUCCUCCUCAGGAUGCAGACAAUACUCAUGUAAAUUAUGGAGCACAAUGUAAGACAAAAGAAGACACUUUAUUUAAUUACACAGGUAUUGUUGAUACAAAAGAUGUAAGGGCAUGAAUGAGCUGACAUUACACCACUUCUUUGUUUCCGUUCUUCCUAAUUAACUUGGCAUUUUUCAUUUGAUUAUAGAGUCAAGUUAGUUCUCUAUGCUUUCCCCAGAGAAAACACGUUUCCCCCCCUCCCCAUAAUGUCUUCAUGCCCUGAGAAUCAGAAAAAUACUACAGAAUAGGAAAAGACUUACAGUCAUUGGAAGAUAUGUGUUUUGCAAACAGUGUUAAGUGAUAUUGCUAGGUUGGUAAUAUUUUUUUCAGCCUAAAACUCUGUUAAAAUCUGUGAUCAAAAUGUUUUAAACUAUCCAAAAAGAAAAUUUGUAUAUUUGGGAAAAAUGAAUUUUUACAUAGCUUUUGUAUGCAGAUAUUAAAUUGUAAUUAUGAAUAUAGUGGGCGUAGAUAAACUCAUAAGCUUCAAUUCUAAAAAAGAAAAAAAGAAAAAGCUUAUAACGGA